ACACUGACAGCAUACACAAUCAACGCACAUCAAUCCGCUAUAGCACUUUUUGCGCUCAAUAGUUCGGCCAGUCUCUUGGCAACUGGAUCUGUUAAGGGGACGGUGAUACGGCUUUUCGACACAAAAACAACAGGGCAGUUGCGAGAAUUCAGACGUGGCGCCGAUCCGGCCAAUUUGCAUUGUUGGCAGCAAGUUGGUUUCAUAGCCGAAGAGACGCGCCGUGCUUGCGUACAGCUGAAACUCUCCAGAGCAACUCAGUCAGCCACUCGUACAGAAUUGGCUUUUUUAACGGCCGGCAUUAACGAAGCGAGUGAAUUAGGCUCUACAGAAUCUCUGCGAACAGCGCAAGGCCGUUGUGGUCUACGCACUUAUGUAUGCCACGAUGGCGGCGAUUUGUGA